GAGCAGAAAGGAAAUAAUCCUAAAAUAAUAUUGAAGAUGCCAAAACCAUAUCAGCACAAUCCUUCCUCAACCGAUCCAAAAGUCAUGACUGCUGAAAUGCUCAAUUUCAAUUUCUCAACAAAAACAUAAAUCUCUGCCUCUCAUCAUAAUCAAAAACAAAUAAAAUGAUUAAUUCUCUUCUUCUCUCCGCUCCCUUAUCUUCCUUUCACCGACCUCCCAAUCCCAAGAACCUAACACUAACACUUCCUGCCAAACCCACCUCACUACUCUUCUUCCCAAUCUCCACAAAACCCUUCAGUUCUUCAAACUUCCCCCAAUUUCUCAUUCGCGCUUCCACAAGAGACACCAACACUUAUGCCUCUAAAGAAGAAGAUGGUGAGGGUGAGGUUCUGGUGGGCGAGGACUCUGCCGCCUUCGAUUUGGGGAAGCAGAAGAUAUCUUCUUGGAUUUAUUUCAGCGCAAUUUUAGGAGUUGUUCUGUUUGUUCUUCAGGUUGCUUGGAUUGAUAACUCUACUGGUUUCGGGAAAGCCUUUGUUGAUUAUGUUUCUACACUUUCAGAGAGUCAUGAGGUUGUGAUGUUGAUGCUCAUUAUCAUUUUUGCCACUGUCCACAGUGGCUUGGCUAGUCUCCGAGACGAGGGUGAGAAACUUAUCGGUGAGCGUGCAUUUCGGGUUAUAUUCGCGGGGUUAUCACUUCCGUUAGCUGUUAGCACUGUGGUUUACUUCAUCAACCACAGAUACGAUGGAUUGCAGUUAUGGCAGGUGCAAGGUACCCCUGGCGUCCAUCAACUUGUGUGGGUUUCGAAUUUUAUAUCCUUCUUUUUCCUCUAUCCUUCGACCUUUAAUCUUUUGGAGGUUGCCUCUGUUGACAAACCUAAGAUGCAUCUUUGGGAAACUGGGAUCGUUAGAAUCACCAGGCACCCACAGAUGGUUGGGCAGGUGAUUUGGUGCCUGGCUCACACUGUUUGGAUUGGGAGUUCGGUAGCUGUGGCCACUUCUGUUGGUUUAAUUGGACACCAUUUAUUUGGUGUUUGGAAUGGGGAUAGGAGGUUAGCUAAAAGAUAUGGAGAGGCUUUUGAAGUUGUGAAGAGCCGAACCAGUGUCAUUCCAUUUGCAGCUAUCCUCACUGGGCGUCAACUAUUGCCAAAAGAUUAUUACAAGGAAUUUAUCCGACUUCCAUAUUUGACCAUCACUGCCUUGACACUAGGUGCCUACUUUGUACAUCCACUUAUGCAGGCGGCCAGUUUCCACCUUCAUUGGUAGGUUUCUUGUUCAUUCUAUUUGUGGCAAAUUAAGAAUAGAUUUUGAAACUGUAUGUAAUUGGCUUAUGAGGGAUACAUAUAUGGAAAAUGAUAAGAGUUACCGAAAGUUACACACCGAAUUUGUGCACCAAAUGAUGUGGCAAAAUUCUGACCGUUGAUUAAUAUUAACUUAUAAUGAAUCAACGGUCAAGAUUUCGUUAUGUCAUUCUGUGCACAAAUUCGGUGCACACCUUUUGGUAAUUGUAACAUUACUCUACGUAUAUAUGGACUCAAUGAAGCACUUGAUCCAAAAUGUAA